AUGGACCCCCUUCCUGAUGCUCCCCCAACAACGCCGACCGAAAGUCCAGUAUUCUUGCCUUCCUCUGAUCAUCCACUAUCCUCAGCUCAACCUAUCGUGGAAGAGACGAACGGAAAAGGAAGAACGAACAAGUUAGGGAUGGGAAAAGAUAAAUUUGGAUGGGGUGAUCUACCUGUAGGAGUCUUACACCUUAUUUUCUCCCAUGUCAUCGAACUUCCUCCUCCUGAUAAUUGUAUUUUCCAAACAUGGCGAAACCGACCUCCAAGCUUUGAAAUUGCUUUGGCGAUCGAGCAGAGAAUAAGGUUAUGCGCUUUAAGGAGAGUCAGUCUAGGUUGGAAGUCUGCCGCCGACUCUCACUCAUUCUGGCCGACCUAUACCCUGCUUCUCGACCCUUCUCGACCUCAUUCUUCCACUUUAGCAGAUAUCAACUCUGCCCGUCUGACACCUUCCACACCAUCUUUCCCUACCCUCUUCCAUCGAGCGAGAUAUACCACCCUCCACAAUUGUAUCCCAUGUCGACUCAAUCACCCAUCCCGAUUAGGUCUGUACCCUGCCGUCCGGCGUCGUCUGACAUAUUCCAAGAAAUUCGGAUACACCCCAACUUGCGAGAAACAUUAUAAUCAUUUUUGUUCGGGGUGUUACAGAGAAUACGGCAUAGAAUCCUUAUCGCCUACUCCUCCAGCCAUCGGUGGUGGAAGGUAUAUGAGAAAUGUCACACCGGUCGUACCGACAAGUACAGGUUUAUUAGCUUGUAAUCCAAAAGAUACAGAUGAAGAUGGGACUUAUCGCCUUAGAAAUGAUUUGAUCUGCCGGGACUGUAGACGAAUCGCAAUCUCAAACGAACUUACCAAUCUCCUCAAAGAAUGUUCAAGAACUGCCGAUACUGAAAUCAUGGUUGUGGCUGGGGUCAUUAGGGGAUUGAACAAUGACUGGAUCAGUAACCAAUAUGUCAAGGAAUACAUCGAAGAAUCGACCUAUACGUGUAUCAUCAUGGCGAACAAGGCAGUUGAAUUACAAUGGUUAAUGAGUCAUACGAGAUAUACAGAAUUAUGGGGUACUGCGACGGAAUUACAGAGAAAUGAGAGAAUGAUGAAAGCAAGAUACAUCAAAUAUGAUUUCAAUACUAGAUUCAUUGAAAGUCCUCACGAGAAACAACAGAGAUUGAUCAAAGAGUAUGAACUGAAGGGAGAAGAUUUUGAAGGAAAAGAAAGUUUGGAAGACUAUCAUGAGUUUACGGAUCUGUGUAAAAAGUGGAUAGAACAGUACAGAAGAAGGUUUUAUAAUGGCGGAGAAAGUGAUGAAGAUGAUUUAUUGGUGUACGAUGAUGAGGAGGAGGAAGAUGAGGAGGAGGAAUUGAGAGUGAGUAGAGGAGAGCUGAAUGAGAAGUACCAGACAAAACUUCAAGAAGGAUGUAUAAACGACUGGCUUAAUGACAGAGUUCGAUUUGGAUCUUGGGUAUCACCCUCAGAUGAAGUGUUGGGAUAUCAAAUUCGAGUUUCGCCCAUUUCCGGUGAAUCAUCAAGUAUACAUACACCAUUCGCACAAAUGUGCCGACAUGCCAAACAUCCUUUAUCUAGAUUUAUCCAUAUCGACUAUAACCCGAUCGAAGCUGAAUAUGAUUCCGCCGGGUUGAUCACCCUUAAUCCUCUUGACAUCGACGAGGAGACCGAUCCGUUCCUACCUCCCGAAAGGCUAUUACAGAAACUUGACGGAUUGUAUGAAGAUAAAUUACGAUCCAAUAUCACUCCACCUCUAGCAGAAUUAGUGAGAAAAAUCAGAGAAUGGUUUGGGAACGAUGAUGUCGCUGAACAGUAUUGUGAGAGACUGACUGUAGGGGAUAUAAUUAAGAAAUUGGAUGAUUGGGAAUUAUGGGUAUCUAGAAAAUUGAUUGAGCAUAUCAAAGUUGCCGAAGGUAGACGGGCUUUUGGCUCUGAUUCUGCGUCUGUCGCUACGGCUACCACACGUAUCGAAGCAAAGAUUGCCCGUGAUUAUAAUCAUGGACAAAAAUCACCCAAGAUCGAAUUAAUUCAAGAAGAACAUCGGUCGCCCACGAUGGCUGAAUAUGGUAUAGAGGAAAUCGCAUUCACCGCUCCUUCGGACCGAGAUGAACAUGAUGAUGGUAUAUCUUCAACUCCUGCGGUCGACACGCCGAGGAGAAGGGAGGAUGGUGAAGUUGAAAGUUCUCCGAAAUUGGGCAAGAGAAAAUCACCCAAUGAACAACAAGGUGCUUUACCCGAAAAGAAAGUUCGACAUUCACCUCCUAUGCCCAACACACCUCAAGAAGGUACCGGAGAUAUGCCUGUUACCCCAUCCGAUCGAGCGUUUAUAGAAGAUGAUAUAGACUCGUCGACACAACGAAAACGCAAAUUACCUCCAUCGCCUGAGACGCAUCAUAUUGAUCGACUUGCGAGGCCAGUGUCCCCUCCUGCACCAUUGCGAUAUUACCUGGACCGAGUCAAGGAUGGCACUCACACCAUAGAGUUGAGUGCGUCUAACGGUUCUUCUAUGCCUACUACUCCCACUCCGCUGGUUGGAGUCGAUGCAGAUUUGAUGUUGGAUGAAGAAGAGGACAAUGCUAUGGUAUCUGAAAGAUCGGAAACUGAGAUAAGCAGUCACGAUACGGUAGGUACGAUGCCUAUCACGCCUACACCUGAAGCGGAAGAAUGGACAGGGAGUCUGAAGGAUGGACAUGGGGAACAUGGGACAUCACCCGAUGCCAAAAAUCACGUUGGUAGAACGGAAUCGAGGGGACUGAAAGAAGUGGUCACUAUUGUUGAUGCCACUACUGGACAAAUCACAUCACUUGAAGCUGAAGAAGAAGAAUCGACAGAAGAAGAGGAAGAAGGUGAGAUGUAUGAUGGCAUCGAAAAUGACAAUGAAGAAGAAGAAAACAACGCUAGUCAUACAUCAACGGCGACACGAUCCGUACUUAGAGAAUAUUUACAGCGACAAGAAAAGCAUAUGCCAUUCUUACCUCUAUGCCCACUCGGUGUACAUUGGAAUCUAGGUGAAAAAACCAAUUCGAUCAUCCUGAAAGUGUUUUACGAGCAGAGAGAAGUUUUGAGAAUUUGUAGAUGUACGAUAUGCGAGAGAAGUAAAGGUAAAAGGGAGGCGGCGGAAGGUGUUUUACAGGGUUUGAUUUAUGGAGGAGGUCAUUGGGUAAAUUGA